GCGCUUACCAUUCCGGCGGCGGGCGGGCUCCUUUGUGACGCCACAAUCAGCUGUUUGAACGUUCCAAUUUCUGAGCCAAGAUCAACUGGGGAUUCAGCAAUAACCGAAAAAUAAUAAUACGAAAACUACAUUUGGGGAGGGAGAGCGUCCGGAUGCAAGGGCAUCUGCAUGUAUCUUGCAGUGUUUGCAUAUCUUCUGAGAAGAUCAGAGACACAAUUGACAUUACCGCCGCAACCAUCUCCUUUUCUUGCUUAAUGUUUAAUUUUUUUUUCCCGGUGGGGUGUCUUUAAAAAAAAAAAAACAAUCCUCAGUUCUAUUAUGAACCUUAGUUGUUGAUUUCAAUUAAAACUACCUCACAGACUUCGCCUAAAGCUGGUGCUUGAACAAAAAAACUUGUAGGUUUUUUUUAUAUGUGUGUGCUUGUGGCGUGAUUUACAAAAGAGUUGAUGACAUUAAAAGGCAAGUGAAGGCGCGUCCUUGGAUGGACUCGGGUAAGGCGGAGAGCUGGAAAGAACGGAAUCUGGAACUCCUCCUUUUGAGAUCCCUGGCAAGUAGCGUUGGGCCUUUGCACUGAAGCCAAGUGAAGAACCUUAUGAUUGCACUAUACAGAACUCAAGUCAGAUAAGACUUCAGAGGGGAAAAAUAUCCUAGCAUCAGACAGCUCCUGCUUUUUUGGAAGACUCGUCCAUCAAUUUCUCCCCAAAUUUACACCACAGAAGCAUCUUCUGGCUACACGCACUGAAACAAGCAUCUAUAGCUGUGCUUCCAUUUUUCUUUCAAAAUCCAUAUUGGAAAUCCUUUUCCCACCAUGUUCCAGCGUUUCACCAGCCUCUUCUUCAGUGAUAGCAGCACAGUUGAAGUCAUUGAGGAACCUAAGCCUUUUGUUUCUAAAGAGGAAGAAGAAGAUGGAUGGCUUAUUAUUGAUCUGCCAGAUAGUUUGGCUUCAAGUCUUGGCACUGAGCAGUGGGUAGGUGAGAAGGAUUCUGUUUGCGCUUCCCGUUGCCGCCAUGGGUCCCUUCCACCUACCACGUCUUCACCCCACUCCCUCAGUGACUGUGUCAGCAGGUCCAUGCCCUCUCAGCCUGACCCCUGCUUGAUGGAUGAGAGUUGGUUUGUUACCCCUCCCCCCUGUUUUACUGCAGAAGGUCCUGAUCCUGUCAGUAUGGAGAGCAGCCCCAUGGAGGAUCUCUUGAUUGAGCAUCCCAGCAUGUCUGUAUAUGUCACCACCACCAGCAGCAUCAUUGUGGAAAGAGAGGAUCCUGAGGAGAACAUCCAGGAGAAUGAAAUACCUGAAAACUGUUUACAGCGCCGUCCCCCACACCACUCCACUUCUCUUGCUACCAAGGCUGCCAUCUUGGAGAAGGUCAAUCAAGUGCGUCGGAUUCAGAGGGCAAAGCAGUUGGCAGAGAAGCACAAGUUGAGUCAGAAAGUCAUGAAGAGGCAGAACCGUGCCAGAGAGUGCCGCCCACAACGGGCCAAAUCCCAAGGCCACUUUGUCUACCAACCAUGCCAGCGCCAGUACAACUACUAAGCUACUUCAGGAAGUCUACACUGUGGGGCAUUAUCCUUUUAACUUUUAGCUUCACUAGCUCUUCACAAUGCUUUUUCCAUCCAAGAGGGUUGUCUUCACUCAUUUUCUGAAAUUAAUUGUUCCUCCCUGUGAGAACUUCCUACAUUCUCAUGAACUUGCAACAUUAAAUGGUAGAUCUUUUGUGGGCUUUUCUUGAGCUUUAUUCCCCACCCUGUUUUUAGCAAGUACAGAAAAAGUACAUUUUUCUGAUCAAUGACUUCUUUUUUUGCAUUUAAUGUCCCAUCUCCUACUCUACAUCCUAUUUCCAGAUUUUGAUUUGGAUCUCAUAGUGAAUGAAACACAACAUGCCUUGCUAGCAUUAAGAAACAAGACAGCAAGUCAACUUUGAAUCUCCAAUAUAUGGGUUUUUUUUAAAUGUUGGAAAAACAUAUAUGUAUCUUGGUUGUUAAGAGAGACCAUGUUUCUUGUGUGAGUGUGUUUCUUGGUCCUUAGGUAGCAUGAAUUCACACACUGGCUAUUGUAGCAGUUGCCAGUGUUAGACUAAUUUGGUGCUUCCAGUGAAUAUAUCACCUUUAUUUUAAUUUAAAUAAGUUACAGGAGGAACAUGGUGCCCUGUUAUUUCUUUUCAUCCCUUGUUAUUGCACUAGAGAGCCUGUGACAUCAGUGCCUUUCUUUUUGACAUCAUGCUCAUGACAAAAACAAAACAAAACAAAAACCUAACAGAUUGUGAUGUCAAAUGGAGAUACCAGGUUCCUGUGCAAAAUGGAACACAAAAAACAAGAAAGAAGCCUAACGGAUCCCAAGUUAAAGAUUAAUGACAUGUAUUUUAACAUACUUCCUUCCAUGAAAAAUAAAUAAUUUGUAUAUUU